GACUUUGGCUGGGUCAACGCGGGGCUCGCCGAACUCCUCUACACGUUCGUGCUGGUGUUCGUGGUCCUGAACGUUGCCGCGAGCAGGGCGGCCAGCGAGAGCAAGAACGAGUACUACGGGCUUGCCAUUGGCUUCGUGGUGGUCGCAGGCGCCUACGGCGCUGGCGCGGUCUCCGGCGGCUGCUUCAACCCCGCGGUCGCCAUCGGGAUCGAUCUGGCCAGCUGGAACCUCGGCUUCUUUUGGUCCAUGAUAUACGUCCUUUUCGAGAUCGCCGGCGCAGCCCUGGCUUGUGGCCUCUUCAUGGUCUGCCGCCCAGACGAGUUCCGCAGAGCGGGGGACCCCUUGACCCCCACCGAGCCGAAGAUCGGGACAAAAAUGGUGAGUGAGUUCAUCGGCACCUACAUUUUGGUGCUCACGGUCGGGCUCAACGUCCUCGCCGGGUCCCAAGCCGCGGCCUUCUCCAUUGCGGCCCCGCCCCCCCCGCCGCGCGCGCUCCCGUGGGUGCUGCGGCACCAUCGCAGCCAGCUGCCCGCGAUGCCCGUGUCGAGCUACCUCGCGGCGCAGGUCGCCGGGGGCAUCGCCGCAGCCGGCACCUACGUGCUCAUCUACGUUGGUCGCAGCUUCCCGCUGGGCGGGGAGGAGAACCUGAGCCCGCACAAGUGGGGCCAGAUCUUCAUCGCGGAGCUUGUCUUCACCUUCACCCUGUGCCUGGUGGUGCUCUGCGUGGCCGCCUCCGAGAUCAACUGCGUGAAGAAUUACUUCGGCCUGGCGAUCGGCUCCUGCGUGACCGUGGGCGGCUUCGCCAUCGGAGGCAUCUCCGGCGGCUCCCUGAACCCGGCCGUCUCCUUCGGCAUUGGGACCGGCGCCGGCCUCACGACGUCGUUCAGCCUCUUCCAGCAGCUCUUCCGGGCGCUGAUGUAUUCGCUCAUCGAGAUCCUGGGGGGCCUCCUCGCCGCGGCCGUUUUCGUGAGCACGCACGGAGCGAUGCCCGACGCGCUGCUGGCGGACUCGGAGAAGCGCCCGUGCCGGCGCUCGGCGGGGUGCGGCGGCGAGGAGCGCCGCUCGGGCUCGGCGCGGCAGCGCGAGAAACGCAGUCAACCAGCCGUAAUCAAUUGUGGCGGCAGCUUCGGCCUCGGCGUCGGCACGCAGGGCCCCAGGGGCGUGGCCUCGACCGCCUCCUGCAGCCGCCGCCGAGCCGCCUCCUUCUCCGCCGCGCGGCUGUCGGCCACUGCCUGGCAGUCUGCUUGUCCUGCCGCCUCCGUGCCGGAGAUCGCCUCGCGCCGCGGCGCCGCGUACAGCCUCGUCAGUGGCCCCAUCGUCAAGUCCACUUUAGCGCUGCAUAGCCACAGUCGGUUCCCGGUCAUUGCCGACGGCUGCUGCCCCCUGCACCUGCGGCUGCAGCUCGCCCAGGCGCUGGCUGCCGCGGCCGCCCCGGCGGAGCCGGGCGCUGGCGAGGCCGCAGGCAGGCCCGAGCCAGCGCUCCGUCCCUCCGGGCCGCGCCCUGCGCCCUGCAGCCCCGCGGCCGUGGCGGAGGAGGCGGAGCCCCUGGCGAGCACCGACGCCCUCAACGUCCUCAGCAACCACCUGCUGGCCUCGGUGGCCGAGUACCUCCCUCUCCCGGAGGUGCUCGCGAUGCGAACCUGCAGCCGCGAGCCCCUGCAGUGGGCCAUGCAGCGCGGCGCCGAGGAGACCGGGCAGCGCCGCCUGGUGCGCCGCCGCCGACGCGCCUGCUGCCCUGGGGACGGCGAGCCUCGCACUGCGGGAUACGAUGCGAUGAUGAAGGAGGGAAGCGCGUCGUCCAGGGACAGGCGCGCCGGCCUGGAGCUGGCGAUCAUGCCGCAGAAGUUUGGUCAAGGCGAAGGUGGGUUCCUCAUGUUACGAUGGCGGUGGAUGCCCUGA